GUUUUUUAUUGGUGAGCAAUGGUGGACAGUCAGUGCGGAGCGCGGCAAGUGAAAACGUACAUCAUGAGUGACUUAUUAAAAAAGUUCGAUUUGGACGCGACAAAUGAUUUUGUGAAAAUAGCUAUAGCUAUAGCCGGCUUUUAUAUGGGAAUAUUUUAUUUGGAAUACGUGGACACAGAAUACAGCUUGUGGCUGACCUGGUUCCUCAUGCCAGUAGUGGUGACAUUCCUCCUGCCAGCCGUCAUCAUAGUACUCAUAUACGUCAGCGCCAUCAUAUUCCACCUCUACAGGCUCUACAGGUUGCGGGUGGUGGACGGGGUCCAGAACGACUGGCGGCAGGCGGCGAGUCUCGCGGUCUGCGCGCUAUGGGAUGCCCACGGGUGGCUGUGGCAUGGUUACGAGAUCGAAGGCAUCGAAAACAUCCCGAACGGGCCGUUCCUAGUGAUCUACUACCACGGCGCGCUGCCCAUCGACAUGUAUUACUUCAUCGCUCGCAUGCUACUGUUCAAGAGAUUGCACAUACACACAGUAGCUGAUCGGUUCAUGUUCAAGAUACCUGGCUGGAAAACGCUUCUGGAAGGUCUCUGCGUGAUCCCCGGCACCGUGGGCGAGUGUGUGGCGGUGCUGCAGAAGGGGUCCCCGCUGGCCAUCUCCCCCGGCGGAGUGUACGAGGCGCAGUUCGGGGACCACACUUAUAAGUUACAUUGGAAGAAUAGGCUUGGCUUUGCCCGUGUCGCUAUACAGGCUAAAGUGCCAAUAAUCCCGAUGGUGACCCGCAACGUCCGCGAGGCGUUCCGCACGGUCGGCUGGCUGCGCGGCGCGUGCCGUCGCGUGUACGCGGCUACACGCAUCCCUCUCGCACCCGUGUACGGGGGCUUCCCUGUGAAGUUGGUCACGCACUUGGGGAAGCCGAUCGAGUACGACCCCAGUCUGACGCCGGAGCAGUUAGCUAAGAAGGUAUCAAAAGCCAUAGAGGAGCUAGUAGAAGAGCAUCAAACGGUCCCGGGCAACAUCCUGCGCGCGCUGACGGAGCGCGUGGUGGCGCUGCCCAAGCCCCGGCCGGCGCCCCGCGGCCCCGCCCCGCACGAGGACGCCAAAACUAAAGUCUCAUAA